AUGGUGGAAAGCGGGACUGCAACGGUGACGGUGUCUAGAGGAGAUGGCAUUCAGUUGAACGUAGCCCACUUCAAGUCUAUCCCGGGCAUCCUGAAACUUAGUCUUCCGAGUGUGAUUGCCGAACAUGAAUUGAACGAGCGACGGAUCGAGCCAUUGAGAAGUAGGAGAGAACAACUGUUGUCACUGAGAACAGACAAGUUUGAUGUUCUUGUUAUUGGCGGUGGCGCAACUGGCUGUGGAGUUGCAUUGGAUGCCGUUUCUCGAGGACUCAAGACUGCGCUGGUGGAGAUGGAUGAUUUCUCCGCUGGUACAUCCAGUCGUAGCACUAAACUCAUUCAUGGAGGUGUGCGUUACUUGGAGAAGGCAGUCUUCGGGUUGGAUAUCGAGCAAUACAAGAUUGUGAAGGAAGCUUUAUUUGAACGGGCGAAUUUAUUAGCGAUUGCUCCUCAUCUCGCUUAUCCUUUGCCGAUUAUGUUGCCUGUCUAUCGCUUUUGGCAAGUCCCAUACUUCUGGGCCGGGAUAAAAGCGUAUGACUUCGUCGCCGGAUCCCAGCUCUUGAAGCCAUCUUACUUCAUCGGAAAGAAAAAGGAACGGUGA